GGAGCUACUGUCACAAGUUAAUUUCUUUAAGCAGUCUGAUUGAUUUUAUUGUGACACAUUCCAAGUAGUUUGUGGAUCUUUUCUAAAAUGGUAGUCAAUCUCUACAUGUUUAUCCAUGGUGACUAAAUUGUCCUGGGAACCUGGUGGCUGACGUAACAAAAAUGCAGGGGAAGUUGGAGCGGUCGUUGUCAGGACCGGUGAAAGCCCUUCUAGAAAGACCUAACAAUGAGACAUGGCCUACAUUAAGAAAAAUUCUCCCACAAGAAAUUGAAUCAGUUCUUUCUGGGUGCUGUACUGCAUUUCCUGGUUUUGAUAUGGAUGAUCAAACCAAAGGCAAAAUACGUGCAACUCUAGAGGAACACGCAAGACAUGAGGUUAAAGCUAAAGCAAUAGAAGAGGCUGAAGGGGUUCUGAUCCAUAUGAGGGAAAGUUUUUCAGAACAUUUUAGGCACGAUUCUGAUACCAUUCCACGUGUUUGGAACGGGUGGGAAGAUAUCAGAGCAAUCACCAAAACUUCUCGUUCUGCAGCCUUAGAAGUGCUUUCGGUUUUGGCUGUGAGCCGUUUGGAUGGUGACGAUGAUGGUAAAAAUGUUCUGAAUACCUUAUCCCGUGCCUUGCUUGGUUCCACAAAUGUUCCUGCCAGAGAUGGGAAUGUCACAACAUUUGACCUACUGGCCUCAAAUACUUGGGAAGAGGUUGAAUCAUCAAAAACAUUGCUCAUGCCUUUCCAAUGUAAAAAUUUGUGGGGGCAAUUCUUGGCAGAUGCCGAGAUCAUUGUUUCUAAGGCAGUUGCUGAACAGGAGGCCAACAAGCGUUUUAGAUUAUAUCCUUGGUUCAUUGCUGGUGUAAUUUUCCUGGGAUUCAGUGCCAUUAAGAAAUUUUUAAGGUGAGGGUAGAGUGCGCCAACAUAGACUAGCGCUGUCGCAGAAAUAGUGCGGAGCCACCAAUUUUCAGUAAAUUUUGACCUCAGAUGGGAGAGCAGCUUGUACGAAUCGGGUUUACUUACACGGCACAGUCCAAUUGGCAUGCAAAAUAAUUUUGAUUAAAAAAAUGAAGUUUGUUUUAUAUUGUUAUUUCGAGUUGAAAAUUGGAAAUUUCAACUAUAGCGAGAACAAUGGGGGUUUAGUCAAUUUGAGUUUUAAAAGAUUUUAAU